UACUAUGGGUCGGGAAAAACUUCGUUCAUUAAUUCCAUGGAAGGUAUGCUACCUGCAAUGGACAUCAAACGAAUAGAAGUAGAUGGUGAUCAAGCGAAAGUCAUUGCCGAAAAGCGAAAGAAUAAUUACCAUUAUAGAAGUCAAGAUGACAGGGAUCAAAUGCUUUUUUGGGAAUUCUCUGCUGAAAAGAUGUAUAAGUCUGACUGUAUCUAUGCGCUUGAAUAUACGAUAUUUAAAACUGAUCCAGUAUGUUUUUUGUACAAAAGCAGACUUACUGAAGAUGACAUGCGGCUCCUGACGUAUUUGCAUAAAUUAUGCCAAAACGUGCUGAUUAUUCGAACGGGUAUCGAUAAAGAUGUCUGUAAUUAUAAAAAAAGUCAUCAGCAAACUCACAAACAGAAAGAUAUUCUUAGUAUAAUGCAGAAAUAUAUGCUUUGGCACAAACGUAUACUUGAACAGUCAGGACGAUCAGGACACAAAAUUGAAACGUUUUUUAUUUCAAAUGAUUAAAGAAGUCCAUACGACCUAAAGGAGUUAACAGACACAUUAGUAAUCAGUUGUCGCAACUCAGGAGACUCAUCAAAUCGGGAAUCACGACUUCUUCGAUGUGAAAUCGAUAGUGUUUUGCAUCAGUUUACUUCUGCCAAUAGAGAAAGUGGAGACUGGGGAUGCAAAGGACCUGCUGCCAGUUGUAGAGAACAAAUGUUUCAGAAAGCGAUAAAGGCUAAAGAUUUCUUUAGCAGCAAAGGGGUGGUAGGUUUGCACCAGUACUUGAAAGACGAACUAGAAACCUUGAAGAACGUCGACAUCAACCUUGCUGUAACUGGGUCGUCAGGCACUGGCAAGUCGUCUUUCAUCAAUGCCGUUCGCAAUUUGUCUGCGGAUAACGAAGGUGCGGCAGAAGUAGGUGUAGUUGAAACUACAAUGGAACCCAACAGUUUUGCCCAUCCUUACAGACAAAAUUUGAAACUAUGGGACCUUCCUGGAGUAGGAACUGUAAGAGUGCCUAAGGACAGAUAUCUCAAGAACAUCAGUUUUGAAAAGUAUGAUUUUGUCAUCAUUAUGAGCAAAUGCAGAAUCACCGAAAAUGAAGUAUGGCUAGCACGAACACUGAAUUCAAUGAAAUUGAGAUUAGCUUUUGUUCGUACACAUAUUGACGACGAUGUUGCAAAUGAAAGACGUCAAUUUCCAAAAAGGGAUGAUGUAAUAACACGUAUCAGAUCAAACUGUGAAGUUGAGCUGCAAACAGCAAACUUGCCAUUUAUACCAGUUUUUUUGAUAGACAACUUUGAGAAAAAUGCUUAUCCAGAUUUCGCAAGAUUAGAGCAGUACAUGCUAAGCCAGUGCAAUCUUCAAAAAAACGAAAUCUUGUUAUCUUGCAUUUCUGACUUAGCACGAGAUGUUAUAGAAGCCAAGAAAAAACAUAUGAAAACUAGAAUUCCUUCCAUAUGUGAUGAAAUAGCUAAUAUUGGUUCCUACGCAGAACAAAACAAUCUUCUUAGACAUGAACUGAAUGAAUUUAAGAGCUACUUUCACCUCGAUCUGCCUUCCCUGAAAAUUGACGUGAUGUAUACAAACUUUUCAGACGAUGACAUGCAAAAUGUCUUAAACAUUCUUGAUGAAGAACCACCAGAAAUAAUUCAGUUAGUUGAUGCACUGACAUCAAGUACAAGAGGAAUACCGAUUUAUGGAAAGUAUAAGAUAAAAAAAGCAUGUCGCCACUUCUUAACUAGUUCCUUGAAUAAGUUGGCUAAAAUUUCAAUUAAAACCACCGAUACUAUGGUUAGAGGAAUGAAAAUUCUACAGGAAUAAUUUUCCGCUGCUGGAAAAAGCCAAAUCACACAUCGUCACGUUCUCAUUACCCAUGUGAAUAAAAUGUUGUUACAUCACUUUAAAUGGUCUUAUUGUAGUGUAAGGUGGUUGAAAUUAUAGAUAUUAAUGAUUUUGAAACAGAAGCUAACUUUCAGGACACAGCCAAAAUAUUAAAUAUAUUGCUUAAAUAGAUAAGCUGAAAACUAUUAUGUAGAAGAAUCAUUUCUAAAACAUAAAUAUGGGGGCCAAUCUGACACGAGGGCGUAGUCGCGUGGUCGUCAUUAGAAUUGUAAAUAUGAAAAACCCAGGCUAAAUAUAAAUUUACAAAAUGUUGUAAUUAAAGCUCAGAUUGGCUAGCGGAAAGGUCGUCAGAACGAGGCUAUCAAAAGCUCGUCUACAGAUCCUAUGCGUAGCGUAAUAGGAGAUGUACUUUAGUUAGACUGAAAUUGGGGUAUACAUAUCAUCAAACUUUCAGUAAAUCAUUCUACACUUCAAUAGGUUUAUAUGGCGAACUGGUUAAGGACACCCAGGGGCCCGUCCAUGCCUGACGUAAGGGGAGAUCAUCGAUGAUCCUCCAGUAACAAAAGCUAGAAACGUUAUCCUAUGACUUAUAUAGAGACGGUAUGACUACAAACUCAACACAAGCAAACAAAUAUGCCUCAAAUUAAGUUCAUGAAUCUAAAUUUGCCUUAAGUUUCUUACGAAAAUACUGUUUGUGCCUUAAUACUGAAAACUAUAAUACACUGAUACUCAUACAUGAUAGUACUUGUUUCAAGAUAUCGAUUUACUUAUUAUAUAAAAUGAAGACAUAGAUCAGCUUUGAUCAUAUCAACCAAUCGAAUAAUCUGACUUAUUAGGUUCCUUGCAAGUUUACUAUUCGUUUGUUCCUGAUAUCUAUAUUUUCCUAAAAUAUGCAUCAUAAUUUAAAACAUGACUGUGUUGUUAUUUUAGCAUGCUACCUUUUUGUUACCACUGGACCAAUACGUCAGCUCGCGUGCGUGAGUAUAAGCGUAAGUUCAUGUGUUUAUUUUCCCUCGACCCCUUCAGACCAUAUGGGCAAGCAACACUUACGUGUACACAAUUAUUGCCAUUUCCUUUAUUUAUUUAUUUAUUUAUUGUCAUGAAUUUAAGUGUGUACCAUAAUUCUCUAUUUUUGUCAUUGUCAAUACGCAAGAGAUUAAUUAAGUAUACGAUGGAAAAAUGCCCCACAACUUAGGAUAAAACUUGUUAAAGUGUUCAAUAAACUCGGCGACGAAACACACAGACGCGUAAAAAGCGAUUGGCUGAUAAAAAUGUCCGAUAAAA